CCGCAGGCUUGACCGAAUAAAGUGUGAAUAAAAUCGGCCGACUGAAUUAUGCACACAUAAUGACAGUGGUCAGUUUUGUGUACGUAUGUGCCAAUUAGAAGGAAUUAAAUUCCCACCCAUGUACAAAAGUGAGAGAAUGGAGUAGGUGUAACGAUUUCAACUAUCUUACUAGUGAUGUGAAGUGAAUAAUAACAGUGUGUGGUAUAAUAAUCGGUUCCACCAUACUCUGCACAAGCAAACUUCGAGUAAUUAAAAAAAAAAAAACGCAAGCCCGGGGUUUCUACCGCGGUGUCUACCCUGCGAAAUGACGUCCGCAUUGUACUUGGAACAUUACCUGGACAGUUUAGAUAAUCUACCGAUUGAACUACAACGAAAUUUCACAUUGAUGCGUGAUCUGGAUGCACGUGCGCAGGGGCUGAUGAAAGAUCUAGACAAGCUGGCUGAUGAAUAUUUGAGAAAUGUGAAAACGCUUUCGGCGGAUAAGAAAAAAGAACAGUUAAAUCACAUCCAAAGUCUUUUCAACAAAGCUAAAGAAUAUGGGGACGAUAAGGUUCAAUUGGCUAUACAGACCUACGAGCUGGUUGACAAACACAUUAGAAGACUCGAUUCAGACCUUGCUAGAUUUGAAGCAGAAAUUCAAGACAAGGCAUUGAAUACAAAUAGAGUCCAGGAAGAUAGUGCUGUUAGUAAAAAAGGCAGGAAGAAACUCAAAGAGAAAGAAAAACGAAAGAAAGGAAGUGCUGGAGCUAGUAGUGAAGACGAAUCAAAGAUUGCGCGCAAAAAGCAGAAAAAAGGUGGAUCCGUUACUUCAACUGCUGCUUCUGGGGCAGUUGGAAGUGGUGCUCAGGCAGACACUAGUGCGUUGGGACACCCAGCUGACGUCCUGGACAUGCCAGUGGAUCCAAAUGAGCCGACAUAUUGUCUUUGCCAUCAAGUAUCUUACGGAGAAAUGAUUGGUUGUGAUAAUCCAGAUUGUCCGAUCGAAUGGUUCCACUUUGCCUGUGUUGGCUUGACAACUAAACCGAAAGGGAAGUGGUACUGUCCAAAAUGCACACAAGAUCGAAAGAAAAAGUGAAAAAUGAUGGACUGAAGUAUCUAAUUUUCUUACUUUUACUGAAAUCCCCCCUCCCCCCUUUUUUUUUGCAAACUAAUUUUAAAAUCUAUUUAUUGGCUGUCGGCAUUCCCGAUUAAGCAUAAAACAAAAGGGGGGAUUGAAGACACCCGGCAAAGUUAUAUUGAAAAAUCAUCGAACCUAUAUUUCGAAGCUGAAAUAAAAUUUCAGCUUCGAUGUGAAAAGCACUGGUAGCUUAUCACAGCGGCAAGGCUUGAGAAUUGGCCACUCUUUUUAAUUUUUUUUAUUUUUAUUUUUUAUCUGUCCAAUGGUAGUAAUUUAUUAAUGAUUGUUGUUUUAGGAAAAUUAUACAACUUUUUAUACUUUUAUGCCCUUUUCCCUCAUACCAACCCAUCGGCCAGUUUUUGAAUCACUGUGAUUUGGUACUUGGAG